AUGAAACUAAUAUUAUUAUUUAUUUUUUUAGUUUUAAUAAAACUAAUUUCUUGUCAACAAAAUAUUCAAGAUGAAGAACAACAAAAUCAUUUUAUUGUAUUUUAUUCAAAUCAUGAAGGUGCAAUAGAUUAUGUUUAUUCAAGAGUUAAAGAGGUUUUAGUUGAUGAUAAUAGUAGUAGUAACAGUAAUAAUAAUAAUAAAUAUCAUUUAGCAGGUGGUGAAAUUUCAACAGAUAUGAUAAUGUUAGGUGCAAACCAAUCAUUAGGAUAUUUUAAUAAUGGUGAUCAAAAGUUUUUCACAAUUGAAGUUAUUUCAAAUAUUAAUUUCAAAUUAUAUUAUUAUGAUUUCUAUGAAUCAAUUCAAGAACCAUUAGGUCCAUUCAGUAAAUCAUAUUCAUUCCGUGCUAUUAAUGGUGAAUACAUAAAAUUUAAAAUUGAAAAUGUGGAUCAAAAUGAUGGUUACAUUAAAAUCUAUAUUAAAAGACCAAAUAUUUAUCCAACUUCAAUUUCAAAUGAUCCUUUAAUUAUUCCACUUAAUCAUAUUGAAAUUAUACCAUUAGAUGAUUUAAAUUUCUUUAAUAAUCAUACAAUAAUUAAUAAUAUUAGUCAAAGUAGUAGUAGUAGUGGUAGUAGUAGUAGUGGUAGUAAUAAUAGUGAUAGUAAUAAUAGUGAUAAUAAUAAUAAUAAUAUUAAUUCAUUUGAUAGUUAUCAGUCUAGUCAAAGUGAUGAUAAAAUUGAAAGUUUUAGUAGUGAAAUUGAAAAUUCAAAAGAGAUUCCAAUUAGAGAUAUCGAUCAAUUCUCAUUGAGUAGUAUUAAUACUAAUUUCGAUGAAAAUGAAAAUGGUAAUAGUGGAAUAAGAAAUGAAUUCUUUGAAAUUAAUGACGUUGUUGAUUUUAGUGAAAUUAAUUCUUCAAAUCUUAUUAAAAUCAAUUUAUUCUCAUUUGCUUUAACUUUUGUAUCUUUCUUUUUCUUUUUUUUUUUUAAUUAA